GUGCAUUUCAGACACCGCCCAGCGGCUCCAAAAUCUGGUAAGGCUGCCCUAGGAAGCCACAGUUAUGACUGAUGUGACUCAAGUAAGAGAGGAGAGCGAUGAUUUGCAUCAACAGAGCUUCAAAGAUGAGAAAAAUCAAGGCAAGAAUUUUCUUCUUUAUUGGAGCCCUUGGUCUGCUGGCUUUCCCUUUCUUUAUGUACUCUGAUCAUCAGAAAACUCUCCAGAAGAACACUGCUGAGAAUAACAGACAAAAAAAGACACCAAUCAAAAACAUCUCUUACAUACACUCUUGGGAAAAAUGCCAGCAAAAUCUGACUGCAGCCAACAUCACAGGCUUCUCAAAUCUUCCUCAGAAUAUCAAAGACUUUCUCUUCUAUUGUCACUGUCGACAUUUCCCCAUGCUGCUGGAUCUCCCUGAUAAAUGUGGAGGAGCUGAGAAAUCGGGAGACGUUUUCCUUCUGCUGGUCAUCAAGAGCUCCCCGGCCAACUACGAACGGCGGGAGGUGCUGCGGAAAACAUGGGGUAAAGAGAGGUUAUACAACGGCAUGUCGAUUCGAAGGAUUUUCAUUUCCGGAGUUUCAGGUGACAGUUAUGAAAAAGAAAGACUGAACAAUCUCCUGAAACUGGAGCAACAGGAGCACAAAGAUGUCCUCCAGUGGGACUUCAGUGACACGUUUUACAACCUCACUUUGAAGCAAAUACUGUUCCUGGAAUGGAUGGAAAGAAACUGUCCGAAUGCUCGCUUCCUCCUGAAUGGGGACGACGAUGUGUUUGCCCACACAAACAACAUGGUUGUGUAUCUGCAAAGCCUCAAGGAAAAUAACGGGAGCAGGCAUCUCUUCACUGGUCAUCUGAUCCAGAAUGUGGGGCCCAUCAGAGCAGCAGGGAGCAAAUAUUUUAUCCCAGUUCAAGUUCAGAAAUCAGACACAUACCCUCCGUAUUGUGGCGGAGGGGGCUUCCUUCUGUCAGGAUACACAGCAAUGCUUAUAUACCGCAUGUCCAAAUCCAUACCAGUUCUUCCCAUCGAUGAUGUUUACAUGGGGAUGUGUCUGGCCAAAGCCGGACUUGGCCCGUCCUCACACAUGGGUGUGAAGACAGCGGGGCUGCACAUUCCCUCCAACAAAGUAGACAACUUCAGUCCGUGCUUCUAUAAAGACGUUUUGCUGGUGCACAGAUUCCUCCCAGCUCAGAUGUACCUGAUGUGGCACAGCACACAGAACCCAAAACUAAAAUGUGAUGACGCUUAGAAAAGACAUAACGCAACUGAACAAUGUCUCAUUUAAGAGGAUGGAGCUUAUUAACUGUACACCACCUCAAGUGACCACACAUGUGAACAGAAAUUUGCAUGGACAGAAACAUUACACUGCCACUUACUAGUGGAUCAUUUCUAUCCAUGUGUCAGGUGGAUUUAAAAUAUUGUUUUUUCUUCUUUCCUAAUGAAUGUUAUUUCAGAAGAUUCUGGACAAGUUUCUCAGGGGUUGCUUUGCAGGUUCUAUGCACUUUUUUUUUUCGUAACCAUUAACGUCUUAGAGGAUAUUUACUGGAUUUAAACUUCCAAGCUUUUCACCAGGCCAGUUUUUCCACUCGCAUGUUGCAGCUGAUAUUGAUUUAUUUAUUUGUAGAGUUAUAGUUAACUAACUGAACAUUAUUGGUUGAGUUGAAAGAAAAGGUGCGAGCACAAUACUUAUACCUACCUCUUUGUGAGUUCAAGGAGUAAGGGCUAAAAAGUAUUUCAAAGAGCAGGCCGUCAAUCUCAAACUGAACAUCAUGCAGGGUCAACAGGAAGGUGGGGGAGUGUUUGCAUGUGUGAAAAAGGAAUAACAGCAGCAUGUUGAAGUCAGAACAUGCAUUUUCACACAAAGGUAAAAAAUAAAAAAAAGAAUAAUACACUGCAUAGUAAAGACAAGUGCACACUAUAAGAAUUAUAAUACUAUGCAAAUAUUUAAAAAAAUACUCAGAUUAAAUCUAAUGUGAAGUUGAGUGAGUUAAUUUAGAGAAGAUAAAUGCUCAAGAUGCAUUUAAAUAUAUAUGUGCAUAAGAAUUAAUGGAUUAUUUACAAAACAUAAUCAGUUGCAAACAAAAAAGGUUAGACUAGUAAAGAAAACAUGCGGGCCGCAUAUUUCCGCAUGAGAUCCGCAUGAGAUAUCCUUGGCACAAAACAUUAAAUGAGCUUGUGAUUUGUAGAAGACUUUUGCUUAUGUAAGUUACACAUUAAAAGUUUUUAAAUCUUUUUCAAUUAUCUAAAUUUUUUAAGUCUCAAAAAUGUGAAAUUUUAGCAGCAGUGUGUAAGUUCUGGAUAACAAAUGAAUUGACUUGAAAAAUGAAAAACAUUUCCUUGAAAAUGGUCCGCAAAAAAUACAGAAAAUAUAAUAUAAAGCAGGUUGAUUCAAUAUUGAUAAAUA